AUGUUGCAAAUUUUGAAAACGGGAACCAUAUGCAAUAGUUAUUCUUUCGUGGAAAAGAGUCAAGAAUGUUCCCAGAACAGAAGUGACAUAUUUGAGGUGAUUGCUGCUGGGGAUGUGAAAUCUGUUGAAAGGCUAAUGGAGAAGGACCAUGAUUGCCUCAACAGAUUGGAUGAAGAUAAAUCGACCCCACUGCAUCAUGCCGCAGGAGGAGGUCACCUUGACAUUCUCAAACUUAUCAUUGACGACGCUGACUUUGAAGUUUUGAAUGUGAUUGAUUCCAAUGGAAACACCGCAUUGCAUUGGGCGACAGAGAAAAAUCAAGUGAAAUGUGUUCAAGGUCUACUUGACAGAGGUGCCAAUCCAAAUAUUUUGAAUAAUGCCCUCUUGUCGCCCCUUCAUGUGGCAGUAAAUUUACAUCAUUCUGCAGUGUUGGAGGUUCUAGCUUCAAACAAAACUUCAGAUCUGAACCUGGCAGGUGAACUCGAGAAUACUCCAGUUAUGCUAGCAUGUUCCAUAGAUAAUCACGAAGGCAUAUCCAUAUUGUUGAGUCAUGGAGCAUCCCUUUGUAAACAGAACAAGCUGGGGCAUAGUGCUUUGCACCAAGCUGCUUUUUCAGGUGCUAAAAAGUCACUGGAAUUGAUACUUCGGAAAGGUAUGGACAUGGGUUACACUUCUGAAUAUCUUUUAAACAUCCCCGACAAAACCCACUGCAGUCCCCUUCACUUGGCUUUGCAUGGUGGAAAUAUGGAGACGAUCAAAAUCUGUAUUGAGAAUGGGGCAAAGCUUGAUUUUCAGCAGGAUGAUAUACCUGCUCCUCUUCACUUUGCCUGUAUGCAGGGGCAAAUUAAGGUGGUUAAACUCAUCCUGUCCAAGUUCACCGCAGCAAACAGUAUACUCAAUGUCCUGGAUGACGUGAAACAAACACCAUUACACAAGGCUGCAAUGUACGACCACUCGCAUUUGGUGGAAUACUUGAUUGAACAGGGAGCAGAGAUGAAUAUCGUUGACUGUGAAACUCGCACCCCUCUUUUAUGGGCUGCAAGCCGUGGAUCCUGGAAAAGUGUGAAAGUUCUGCUGGCAAGAGGAGCGAAUGUGAAAAUAAAGAAUGAUGCUGGCUGCAACUUCUUUCAUCUAACUCUGCUGCAACCCGGAGGUCUGAAAAAUCUCGGUCAGGAAAUUCUAUCGUGCGAAUAUAUUCAGGAGCUGUUGUAUGACCAAGAUAUCGAUGGCUGUACUCCGCUUCAUUAUGCCUGCCGUCAGGGAUUAUUGGAUUCGGUGGAUAAAAUAAUGAAUUUAAAAAUGUGUCUUCACAUCAAAACAAAGGAUAAGAAAACACCAUUGCAUUUUGCCGCAGGUUAUGGUCGACUCAAGACAUGCCAACGGCUGCUGCAAAACUUAAAGGACACAAAGUUUCUCAAUGAAGGAGAUGGGAAAGGAAUGACUCCAUUACUGCUGGCAGCGCAGAACGGACACACCAAAGUGGUUCAACUGCUUCUCAUGAAAGGAUCCCUUCUUUUAUGGGAUUACGAAGGCUGGACAUCUUUGCAUUUUGCUGCUGCGGGAGGGUAUUCUCACACAAUGAAGAUUUUGUUAGAAACAAACAUAAAACUGAUAGACCAGGUGGACUUGAAAGGGAAUACUGCCCUCCAUUUCGCUGCAAGUGAAGGACAUGUCAAUGCUGUUCGUCUCCUGAUGACCAAAGGAGCUGCUAUAAAACUCAAUGAGAAUGAUGCUUCCUUUUUGCAUGAAGCAAUUCACAAAGGAAGAAAAGAAGUUGCUUUAGCUAUUGUUGAAAGUGAAAGAUUUUAUGAAGCUAUGUGUAUCUUCGUUCAUGGCUCUCCGAUGGGUUGUCCAGUCCUGGAAAUGAUUGAGCACCUACCAGAAUCUUUCAAAGGGCUUUUAGACAAAUGCAUGAAAGAAUCCUCGGAAGACAAGAAAAAUAUUAAUUUCUCAAUUGAGUAUAAUUUCAAAUACUUACAGUGUCCAAUUAAUUACCGGAAAAUCAUUAAAGGAGACAAAUUGAUUACCUACAAACCACUAACAACAUUAAAUGCUAUGGUAAAAUAUAAUCAAACAGAACUUCUAAAUCAUCCAGUCUGUAAAACGUACCUUCAAAUGAAAUGGCGGGCAUAUGGAAUUAUGGCCCAUGUGAUCAACAUGCUCCUCUAUAGUGUGUUACUUCUGCCAAUGACGGUCCUCAUUUUGGUUGCACGGCCACAUGGUGUCAACAGUCAAUCACACAUCCUGCUCAAUGUCACUCAGACAGCAAUUGGAACACAGACGGAAAUUGAGGAACAUACAGUAGAGAAAAUCUGUGCAACUAUUGUAUUUAUCAUGAGUGGGCUGGGAAUAUGCAAGGAGAUUAUUCAACUUUUUCAGCAGCGAUGGCAGUACCUGGUUGAUUCGUCCAAUUUACUAGACUGGAUUAUUUACGUAAUGUCCAUUGUGUUUGUAACUCCCUGGGUGCUGGAUAUGUCAAUUGCCUGGCAGUGGCAAUGUGGCAUUAUUGCUGCAUUGUCAUCCUGGGUGAACUUCCUCUUGUUUCUACAAAGAUUUGAAAUCUCUGGAAUCUACGUGGUAAUGUUUGCAGAGAUCCUGAACACUAUGUUUCAUAUUAUCAUUCUAUUCUUCUUCCUUAUCCUGGCAUAUGGACUGACCUUUUACAUUCUUUUGUAUGAGCAGAUCGCAUAUGAAUCACUUCCGCUUUCUCUGAUGAAGACAUUAGCAAUGAUGUUAGGGGAUAUCAACUACCAGGAAACUUUUUUCAUCCCAUUUAAGGAAGGAAGGUUGCAAUUCCCUCUUCUGACCUUUAUAAUUCUACUUAUAUUUAUGUUGAUCAUACCAAUCCUUCUUAUGAAUUUACUGAUUGGUUUGGCUGUCGGAGACAUUGCUUCAGUACAGAGAAAUGCGAAAUUAAAAAGAAUGACAAUGCAGAUUUUUCUGCAUACCAGCCUGGAGAAGAAACUUCCAAAAUGGUUUCUGAAAAUUGUUGACCAACAAUCAAUUAAGAUAUAUCCAAACAAGCCGUCCUGCUUUUUGGUCGGGAAUAUGUUCGAGUACAUGUUACCAAAACAGAGCUUUGAUAAAGACUCGUGCGAUGAUGAGACCAUUGCUCCAGCAAAGCUUGAACUACAGCUGGAGAAACAGAAAAAUCUGCUGAAGGACAUGUCAGAAGUAAUGCAGAAACAACAUGAACUCCUGCAGCUGAUCAUUCAAAAACUGGAAAUUAAUUCAGAAACAGAAGACCAGGAGGCAAUUGAACACCUUCACUACAGCAAAGCAAAAGCUAGCAUUUCACAAAAAUGA